ACACUCAGAAACGUUUGAAAAAGUAUUUAUUGGUUUAUUUUAAUUUUUAUUUAUUGCCUGGUUUAGAUCUACCGCAUUAACAACGCGGAAAUUUGGAAUUGUGAACGAGAAAAAGACUUUUGUGAAGGAAAUGAGACUUUUCCACGGCUCGCCCCACGCGGACACCAUCGCCAGGGAAGGUUUUCGCAAAGUUAAGGCGAAAGGUGGUUACUUUGGCAAAGGGAUAUACUUUGCUGAGGAGUCAUCAAAGAGCAACUAUUACGCCCUGGGUGGCAGCGCCGAUCCUUGUCCUGUCCAUGAAACAUACUUAUGCGGCAAGUGCGAGCGCAAAAUGCUACUCUGCAUUGUGGCACUGGGCAAUCAGCUUGAGACAAAGGAGUAUAAUUCCGAUCUAGCAGCAUGUGUGGCAAAGAAGGGCGCCAAAUAUCACGCGCUUAAAGGGGAAAAAAGCAAACACAUCAAAAAUACCGAAUACAUUAUCUACGACGAAAAACAGGCGUACCCGCAAUUCCUCAUUUUGUACCACGCAGUUUAUUCCUCGUGACAUACAUGGAAGGGC